AUGCCUGACAAGAUCCUCGACGACAUCUCCCACCGGAGAUAUAAUCCUCUUACCGACAGCUGGCUACUUGUCUCGCCACAUCGGACCAAGCGACCAUGGCAGGGAGCUCAAGAGGCGGCAGUUGCCAAUACUCUGCCCGAAUAUGAUCCCAAGUGUUAUCUUUGUCCUGGAAAUGCUCGUGCUGCGGGUGACACAAAUCCCAAAUACGACAAGACUUUUGCUUUUGUCAACGAUUACAGCGCUGUGAAAGAACAGCAGCCAGACUAUGAGCCUGAUACGAAGCCCAAUGGUAUAACAAAGCGCAAUUCGUCUGAUACAACUAUUGUUGACUUCUCCGCAGAUGUUGAGUCGAUGCUCCUGAGAGCCCAGAGCGUCAAAGGCGUCUGCUAUGUCCUCACCUUCUCGCCCAAACACCACCUCACUUUAGCAGACAUGCCUGCUCCAGAAAUCUUGCCCGUCAUCGAGCACUGGACCCGAAUUUAUGCCAACCACUUGUCCUCCUCAAACCCAUUGGACAAGCUUGCUGAAAAUCUGGACAUCUCCAUGCCAAAGGAUGAAGCACCCAUUCCCAAAGAUGAGUAUCGAUACAUGCAGAUUUUCGAGAACAAAGGCUCUGCUAUGGGUUGUUCCAACCCACACCCGCAUUGCCAAGUAUGGACAACAUCCACCAUGCCUGAGGAACCUGGAAAGGAACUCUCCCAGAUGACCAAAUAUCGUGCCAACAAUGGCGGCCGACACUUGCUUGAGGAUUACGUUCAGCUGGAACUUGCCAAGGGGGAGCGCCUUCUCUGGCAAAACAAGUCGUUUGUAGUGGUAUGUCCCUGGUGGGCGGUCUGGCCAUUCGAGGUGCUCGUCCUUCCCAAGAGGCAUAUCCGCUCCCUGGUAGACUUUAAGCCGGAGGAGAGGCUGCAGUUUGCCGAAGCCAUCCAGGAGGUCACCAGGCGGUAUGAUAACCUCUUUGAGUGCAGUUUCCCGUACAGUUCCGGAAUCCACCAGGCGCCGCUCCGGGGAACAAAGGAAGAGAUUGAGAACUCCUACUUUCACAUGCACUUCUACCCGCCCCUGCUGCGUUCCGCGACGGUGAAAAAAUUCCUGGUUGGGUAUGAGCUCAUGGCUGAGCCGCAGAGGGAUAUCACUCCUGAACAGGCGACGGCUCGUCUGAGAGAUUGCGGCGGGGAGUUGUACAGGAAUAACUUGAAGUAA